AUGGCCAGCUUAACCAAAGGCAGGACCCUCAAGCGCGCCGACCCUUCCACCAUCCACGACAAGUUCCUCGUCGGCUAUCAGGGCUGGUUCACCUGCGCGGGAGACGGCGAGCCGGUCGGCCCUGGACAUCACGGCUGGCUUCACUGGUUCGACUACCCCAUCCCCGACGGCGGGCGGCCCAACACCGAUCUCUGGCCCGAUACCUCUGAGUACACGCCCUCCGAGCUGUUUCCUGCCCCGGGGCUGAGGUAUCCGAACGGGGAGCAGGCGUUCCUCUUCUCUUCGCGCCACCCGAAGACGGUGCAGAGGCACUUCAAUUGGAUGGCGCUGCAUGGGGUGGAUGGGGCGUUCCUGCAGAGGUUCCUAGGCCAGUGCGAUGUAGAGCAGGGGAACGAGGGCAUCAGGAGACAGAGGGAUGAGGUUGGGGAUAGAGUCAUGGAGGCGGCGGAGAAAGAGGGGCGGGUAUUCGCGAUCAUGUACGACGUCUCGGGAGUAGCUCCCGACCGUAUCCAACGCGUCCUCGAGCAAGACUGGGUGCACCUAAUCCGCCGCAAAGGCGUGCUCGACUCGCCCGCGUACCUCCGCGAGCAAGGGCGACCUGUCGUCGCGCUGUGGGGCUUUGGGAUGUCCGACGCACACCACUCCCCCGAGACUGUGCGCGCCGUCACGCGCUUCAUCCGUGACAAUACGCCCGGCGGGGCGUACAUUAUGGCCGGCGUGCCCGCGCACUGGCGCACGUCUGUCGCGGACGCAGACCCGAAUCCGGAGUUUGUGCGGGUGUAUAUGGAGGAGUUCGACGCGAUCUCGCCAUGGACGAUCGGGCGGUACAACGACGAGGAGAGCGCGGAUCGGUUCGAGCAGGAGAAGAUCAAGGGCGAUGUGGAGUUCAUCAAGGAGCACAACGAUAGGUGGGAGGCGAACAGGACGACGAUGAGGAGGAUCGACUAUAUCCCCGUCGUCCACCCGGGCGGCUCAGGAUACAACCUCUCCGAAGGCAAGUGGAAGUGGAACGAUGCGCCCCGCAAGGGCGGGCACUACCUCUGGCGUCAAGUAUACAAUGUCCGCCGCCACAACGUCCGAACUAUCUACGGCGCGAUGUGGGACGAGUACGACGAGGGAACCGCGUUCAUGCCGGUCGUCUCGCACAAGAGACAGGUGCCUGUCCACGACAAGUACCGCUUCAUGGCCCUGGACGAGGAUGGCUUCGAUUUGCCACCGGAUUGGUACAUGCGCAUAUGCGGGUUUGCUGCGGAAGGCCUUCGCGGCGAACGUUUGAUCCUCGAUACGUUCCCUUCGAAAGAAUUGCAAGAUUACUGGUCCUCCCGACCGCGCUACGAAGAAGAGUCGAGCUCGGCUCAAGCGGUGGCGAGCGGCUCUGGGUCGGGAUCGGACAACAAAGAAGAAAAGGGACAAGCUUGGGAGGAUUGGGAGAAGGAGGUGCAGACGAAGGAAGUGAGCGACGAACCGCCGCCUCCGCCGUACAGCCUGGAAGUGGAGGAGCCACAAGCUCAGUCCGCUCCCAUCAACGACCCUCCGGCUGUCCCUCUUGGGCGUAGGCCGACGGUGCAGAGCCAGGUACCACCGCCUGCUCCUGCCUCUACCCGCCCUGUACCGCCUGCUGUGAAUAGUGGCUCUCGUCCGCAGAGUCUUUCCCGGCCAUCCCGCCAUCCUCAGACCAGUAGCCAUCCAUCCAGUCCGCAAUCGUCACCACAUCUUGUGCCGACGGACGAGUUCAGCCGGCUGGCUAUAUCCUCCUCGAUUCCGCCUUCGCCUCAUGAACAAGUACAGUACGCUUCCUUCCCUCGUGCCCACUCGCACUCACCCUCCCCUCACCAAUCACCUCGGCCGGUCUCUCCUGCGCACUCUCAUCACUCUCACCAUUCCCAUACGUCCUCGCACUCGCACACUGCAGCAGGUCCCCCAGCAGAGCCUAGCUUCAAUCCCCACCUUUUCCCUACUCCUAUUGCUCCUUCUCCUCCCUCUGGUGGUCCUCCUGGCCCGUGGUCACAAGCUCCCUGGCCGCCUCCCGAAUGGAACUCCCCGCAGGGUCCAGCAGCCAUCCCAGUGAUCGGACAGUUCUUCCAAGACUCGUCUCCUUCACAAAGUCCGCCCUUUCAGGGACCAGGUUAUUCACCUUCGUACACCUCGAGUGCCCAUCACACCUCGACUGCACCUUCUACAUACGUCAGGCCUCGUCCUUCUGUUUCUCACCAUACUCGCCCAACGCCUCCUCCCACACGACCUCAUGGACCGGGUAGUCCCCGCGAUCAGGUCGGAGGAUUCGCAUUUCCCGAGGCCCACGUAUCCCCUGCGCCAAGCGGCAAUUAUUACGAAGGGCCGACGUCACACUCGUCAUAUCCCUCAUCUCCGUACAGCGCCGUCUCGCAGGCACCAUCGUUCCCAGGAGAAGCACCCUAUUCCCCGCCGGCAGGACCUCCGCCGAAUCAUCCACCACCCCCGCACGCGCAUUACGGCAGCUCCUCGAUUCUAGGCGAUUCGUACCCUCCGGGCCCGCCGGAGCCUCCGCCCUCCCAUUCCCAGCACCAGCACCAGCAUCAUAGCAACUAUGGCGGCCAGUCGUACGCGGGGCCGCCGGGCCCGCCUCUGUCACACCCGCCGCAGGCGUCGUCAGGAUAUGGACAGCAACAGCCGCCACCGCCCCCGGUGCCGUAUGGUCGUCCGCCUGGGACGUAUGGGCAUGGGCAGUCGGGCGGCAGAAUUGCGGGUGGAGGCGGGCCGUUGGGGGGUGCGCUGAAUCUGGUGGGGAACGUCGCUGGGCCGAGUGCGAAGAACUCGUUGCAGAACUUGGCAAAUUCAGGAUCGAAGCUGUUCGACAAGUAUGUUCGGAGAUAA